UUGUCAUAUUAUCGACCAAUGGUAGCGUUCCCAGUAGGGUGCUAACCUAUUCUGUGUGCGUGUCAUGUUUGUUGCUGUCAAGUUGAUGAAAUGCAGCAAGCCGGCACGAAAAAGUCUUCUGCAGCCCCUGCAGAGGGGAAAAUCAGCAACAGUAGCAAAGCUGGAAUCGCGAGUUUGAUCGUUUUCGUGAUCCUCUUGUUAGCAUGGAUCGCCGGCUUUUCGUCACGUCUCUUCGCCGUCAUACGGUUCGAGAGUAUAAUUCACGAGUUCGACCCAUGGUUCAACUAUCGCGCAACAGCGUACAUGGUGAAACAUGGCUUCUACAACUUCCUGAACUGGUUCGAUGAGCGUGCCUGGUACCCGCUUGGACGUAUUGUUGGUGGUACUGUCUACCCAGGUUUGAUGAUAACCUCUGGUAGUAUCCAUUACGUACUGCACCUUCUGCACAUCAAUGUGCACAUCAGGGACAUCUGCGUGUUUCUGGCACCCGUCUUCAGCGGACUCACCGCGAUCUCGACUUACUUGUUGACCAAGGAGCUGUGGUCCGUCGGUGCAGGCCUGUUCGCCGCCUGUUUCAUCGCCAUCGUGCCUGGCUACAUCAGCCGUUCCGUCGCAGGAAGCUAUGACAAUGAAGGCAUUGCGAUUUUCGCGUUGCAGUUCACCUAUUAUCUGUGGAUCAAAUCCGUGAAGACUGGAUCUGUGUUCUGGGCGGUCAUGACUUCCCUUUCUUAUUUCUACAUGGUGUCCGCGUGGGGCGGUUACGUUUUCAUCAUCAAUUUGAUCCCACUGCACGUGUUUGUGCUGCUCCUGAUGGGACGCUUCUCCAACAAGUUGUUCACUUCUUACACGACGUUCUACAUCUUGGGCUUGAUCAUGAGCAUGCAGAUCCCGUUCGUAGGUUUCCAGCCUAUACGCACCAGCGAGCACAUGGCCGCCUCCGGAGUCUUCGCUCUGAUCAUCGCCGUGGCAACGUUGAAGUACUUGCAGAGCAUGUUAUCAAAAUCCGAAUUUAAAUCCUUGUUCAUCUUUGGUGGAAUGAUCGCUGCCUCGGUCGUUUUCUUGACUGUCGUUAUCUUGACUUAUGCCGGUUACAUUGCGCCGUGGUCAGGAAGGUUCUACUCGCUCUGGGAUACGGGAUACGCAAAAAUUCACAUUCCUAUCAUCGCCUCCGUAUCCGAGCAUCAGCCGACAACGUGGUUCUCGUUCUUCUUCGAUUUGCACGUCUUGGUGGCAACUUUCCCAGCCGGUCUUUGGUACUGCAUCAGAAACAUCAACGAUGAAAGGGUGUUUGUUGUCCUGUACGCUUUGAGUGCCGUUUACUUUGCUGGCGUUAUGGUGCGUUUGAUGUUAACUUUGACCCCAGUUGUUUGCAUGCUCGGCGGCAUCGCCUUCUCUGCGCUUCUCAACAACUACUUGAGAGAGGACGGCAAUCCUUCGAGCAUCGACGAAAGCGAGAAGGAAGACAAGAGAUUGUACGAUAAGGCUGGUCGCAUCGGAGUACCGAGAGUUCCGAAGCACGAACAGAAUGAAUCCGAUCCAAUUGGCCCGAACCUGCGUAGCAUAGUUAUUGUCGUCGUUAUGGUUCUCUUGAUGCUCUUCGCCGUCCAUUGCACCUGGGUAACCAGCAACGCAUAUUCUAGUCCAUCCAUUGUUUUGGCGUCGUACAGCGGCGAUGGCACGAGGCAGAUUUUGGACGAUUUCAGGGAAGCCUAUUUCUGGCUGUCCCAGAACACCGCCGAUGAAGCUAGAGUCAUGAGUUGGUGGGAUUACGGUUAUCAAAUAGCAGGAAUGGCAAAUCGAACGACGCUAGUAGACAAUAAUACGUGGAAUAACAGUCACAUUGCUCUCGUCGGAAAGGCCAUGUCUUCGAAUGAGAGCGCCGCUUACGAAAUUAUGACUGCCUUGGACGUGGACUACGUCUUGGUCAUCUUCGGUGGAGUCAUCGGAUAUUCCGGUGAUGACAUCAAUAAGUUCUUGUGGAUGGUUCGAAUUGCCGAAGGCGAACAUCCAAAAGACAUUCGCGAAAGUGAUUACUUCACUGAACAUGGCGAGUUCCGUGUGGACGCCGAGGGUUCCCCGACUUUGUUAAACUGUUUGAUGUACAAAUUAAGUUACUACCGAUUCGGCGAAUUGAAAUUGGACUAUCGCAGUCCAGCCGGUUUCGACCGAACCAGAAACGCUGUGAUUGGAAAUCGCGAUUUCCAACUAACUUACUUAGAGGAAGCCUACACCACCGAGCAUUGGCUUGUCCGGAUUUACAGAGUCAAGAAACCAGAUGAGUUCAAUCGGCCCAGAAUUCCUGUAGCCAACAGAGUCGUCAAGUCCGGAAACUUCGCCUCUAAAAAGAAUUCGAAACGUAGGAAAGGAACGAUAAGGAACAAACCGGUCGUGGUGAAAGGUAAAAGGCCAAUGAAGUAAUAACGAUAGUUCAAUUUUUUUUUAUGUAAAACGUUAGAGGAGAUUGACUGAGCCACAUUUCACAUUUAUUUUUCCCUUCGAUCGAUUGAAAUUUAGUCUCUUUCUUUCAAAUCUCUUUUCACUUAUCGAUUUCUUCUUUGACUUCUACACACGUGCAACACAUGUUCUUUUUUAUUUUCGUCCUCCUUUAUUAUUAUUUCUUUCAAGUAUGUCAAGUUUCGUUGGAAUAAACUGAAUUGUUUGUUAA